CAGACCAUCAUCAUCUACGAAAAUUUGAGCAAAUGUUUUCCCAGGCCCACAAUUUCACAAUACCUCAUGGACAAUUUAUCAACAUUCAAGGAGAUCAGAAUCAUUACUAUGUAGCAGAGUCUUAGACUGUGGUACAACAAGCAGGUUAUUAUCAAGGAAUGACUCAUUGUCCCACCUCAACCUCGAAAUUCACAGGCAGAGAGGAUAUUUUGGCAACUCUUGACCUUUUUUUCAAUUCUUCAUUGCCCAAUAAUUCCAGAGGGACACAAAAGUGUUUUCUUUUAUAUGGAUUAGGAGGAGCAGGCAAAACUCAGGUUGCUCUUGAGUUUCAAAGGAGAUUCAAGGAAAGGUUCACCAAAAUUUAUUUCAUCACUGCCAAUACUGAAUAUUCCAUACAAGCAAGCUUUUAUGACAUUGCUAUGGACAAUGGGGUUGUGGAUGCCCAAGGAUGGAAAAGUGGACUCCAUUGGCUACUUACCCAUGAAGAAUCCUGGCUCAUUAUCAUGGAUAACGCUGAUGAUCCAAAAAUUUCUUUGGAAAGAUACUUCCCUUCCUGUGAUCAUGGAAAUAUUAUGAUCACUUCAAGGAAUGCUGAACUACAAAAUGUAGUAGGCCAAUCAUUGGAGCUUCAAGAUAUGAUUCCAGAUGAUGGGAUUGAGUUGCUGUUGAAGCAUGCAGUGGAUAAACCAUUGAGUUCCAAUGAACAAGAACAAGUUGUUCAAAUUGCCAAAGAACUGUACUACUUUCCAUUGGCCUUAGUACAAGCUGGAGCAUACAUCAAGCAGCAGAAAUGUCUCUUGACAUAUCUCAAAUUUCUGAGAAAUGAACACAAACAGUUAUUGGAAAAAAAGUUGACACAAUUUGCUGAUAGGUACCAGCUAUCUGUUUAUGCAACCUGGAACCUGAGCUGGGGCCAGCUUAGUAGCAGUAGCAAAGUGCUGCUGAAUAUAUGUUCCCAUCUUCAUUAUGAAAAAAUUCCCCGCCUUCUGUUUGAA